UCCAACUCUCCAUUCUCUCUUAACUCUGGCGAGCACACUCAAUAUUGCAAACUGGUGAAAAUGGGUUCUUUCGGGAAUGAACUGUUAUCUGUUAUCAUAAAAAAAGUUAAAUAUAAAGGUGAAAGCAAUUGACACGAAUCUCGGUUAAAGUGCAGAAUAGGGGCCUAAGUCCGAUGUUGUCUAUGUUUAAUAAAAAGGAAUAUUAUUAUUAUUAUAUAUUCCAAUAUACUAAUGUAAUUCUACAGUUUAAAUCGAACCUUUUUUAAAUUUAAUCAAAGAAAUAGUUUUUAAUUUCUUCUUCUUUCCCAAUCUCAAAUUUGUUAAAAAUUAUCGUCCUUCGUUAAAUCAAUUUUUCGUAUUCUUUAAAUUGACCUUUAUUAAAAUUGCAUUUAAUUUUAGUUCCUCUUAUUUCAUUUUCAUUUAUCUGCACCUUUGUGUUUACUCCUAUAAAUUUCAAUCUUGCAAAAUAUACAUUUUCAAUUAUAUCCUAACCAAGAAAUAUACUACAAUUAAUAAUAAUGUGUUUUAGCGAAAUUAUAAUAUAUCAUUAUUAUUACUUCUCUUUAUUAUUAACUAGAAUUAUUUUAUUAACAGUCUUUCACUAAAAUUUAUUAUGAAUAUCUUUUUUAAGUAAUGUACAUAUACAUAAUACUUAAAAGAACAUUGUUGCUCUAAAUAUUUAUAUAUUCAAUAAAAGCACAUUAGUUUCCGGUUGACAAAAUCAACAAAAUAUUAUAAUCAGCGAAAAUAACAAUUAAUUUCAUAAAAACGAAACCGCAUUGAUCUUAAACACUCAUGUUAUAUGAAUGUGACAACAAAAGAAUGCAUCGCUGAACACACUAAAGUUGAAGAAUACAUUGAAAUAAAAGACAGUUUGUACGGAAAAGUUUUAAUAUAAAUCGAUGUUCUUGUUUCUUAUCAACUGUUUUUGUUUGCUAUCGACUAUCAUUUGAUGACAACGUUUUUCGAAUAUUAAAAUUUGCAAUGCUUAAAAAUUGGAAGGGACAGAGGCGCAUAGGCCGCGUCACAUACAAACAACAGGAACUCAUUAUCGAAGCUUUGGAGAAAAAUCCAAUUUUAUUGUCAAAAAAAUGUACACCGCAAUUUACCAAAGAACAAUAUAAUAAAACAUGGGCAAAUUUAACGAAAAUUCUUAAUGCAGCAAACUACCAACUAAAUGCUAAAACGUGCGACAAGUGGAAAAAGGUUCUAUCUUCGUGGUUAAGAAAGAUUACAAAAUAUGAUUUGGAAACAGCCAAAAUCAGUUUAUUAGAUGAGAGGCUUCUGACAAUUAAAAAUAAUUGUCUAAAAUCUGAUAAAAACCUUGAUAAAAGAGAAAAUAAAAGGUCAGACAAAACAAGUGAAUCUUUCAACAUUUCAUCAAAUGAAGAUGUAGAUUUUGACACUGAUACUUCGUCAAUAAGCGAAACAGAACCACUUCCUAAAAAACAAAAACGUGCAAAUCGGGUUACUUGUGAGCAACAACAACGAUUAUUAGAGUAUAUUGAAGAAAACAAAACACUUUUAACUAAAAAGUUUACUAGGCAUCUAUCAAGAGAAUUGUAUAAUCGAGAAUGGAAGGAGAUUGCUAUGGAAUUAAAUAAAUUGAACAAUGGAAGAAGUACCAAGACUGUGGCACAAUGGCAGAGGGUUUUGUCAUCCUGGGUAUCAAAAACUAAAACUAAGUUAACUGAUAUAAAACGCUGCAAAAGAACUACGGGAAGGGGAAACUUCACUCAAGGAAACGUAAGCCUCACUGAGCUAGAAGAUCGGCUAUUAGCCGUGAAAGGAAUGACGAGUGUACAAGGAGAUGGCAAAACCAAAGAGAUUGGUCUGUCCGAAUCUGACGCGAGUGAUGAUGUAUAUAUACCUAUUUCUGAAUUGGAAGAUAAUGAUUUGAUGGAAAUCUCACCAAACAACACAGAAAUCACCACUAACCAAAAACUUGUUGGAGAUAAAAAGCAGAAAUUAUUAAUUUGCAAAACACUACCAUAUCGUGAGAAGGAUAUUUUAACUUCCUUAGAUAACAUAAGAAUGUCCUCAAUGUCUUCAAUCCAAGAAGUGAGUAAAGAGAUGAACGAGAAAUCAAACUUUAUCUUGAAACAGAUUUUAGAUACUGUGACAAAAUUAUUAUUAGUUGCGACAGAAAUACUUAAACUGCUGAAGAAAAUCAUUUCUAACUAGAAUAAAAAAUCUCCUUAUUAAUUAACUGUUACCUAUUCGACGAUUUAAUUGUAUUAACAUAGCUUGAAACAUGACUUCACAUAUUUUUGUUGUUUAAGAACUUAAAUUUUUAAAAAACAUAUCAUUUUCCAAAUAUUUAUUAAAUAUGUUAAGCUGAAAGUUUUUGAAAAUUCAUAAAAUUAUACAACCAUUUUAGAUAUUUCAAACAAAAUGCAGUACUUAAUUGAUCUAUAAAAGUGUUGUAUCUUUUUCCUUUAAAUAUCGAAAAUUCCAAACUAUACUGUUAAUUCUGAUUUAUUACAUUUUUCUUGUAACUUUCAAUUGAAUAAUAAUAAUUAAAAAAAUUGAAGUAAAUAAAAAUUUUUAUAGUUAAAAAGUAUAUCUGACAAAAAAAAUUUAAACUAACUGUCAUAAACCAAGUGAAAAAUCAUUAUCUUUAAAAACUAUGUUAUUAAAAACUAAAUAUUAUUGAAUAUUAAAUAAUUAAAUAUUAUUAAAAACUAUUUUACGGUAAGAAAUAACAAAAUGACAUCUUAUGUUUAAACUAGUCUAGCAGAUAUUCUCAUAAGAAAGCAAAGGAGACGGCCGCUUGCGAUCGUCGUCAGCGUUAAUUAUACUAUAAGGAGAUGCAUA